AUGUCAAAUAACGUACAACUAAAGCAACUUGCGGAAAGAUCUCGGAGUGUUGCUAACACGAUCGUAAAGCAUGAUCUACCAUUAAUCGAACGAAAUUUGGAGCAAAUCGAGAAACAGUCGCGUAAACUUGCUGAUAAAGUUGUAAAACCGGGAGAGGCCCCUGAAAGAAAGGCUCCUUACUUCUUAGCAAAUAUUGGUAUCGAUGGAGAUAAAUUGACACAAGAUGUGAAAAGUAUUUCUGUGUUAGGUGCUUUCGAACCACGCGCCAUUUUACUUGAUACUGAUGUUGAGAGAUAUCUUGACCAUAAACACCAACAAACGAUUACAAGCAUUAUAAAAGAUGGUUAUACACAAACUGACAAUGAAUAUAACGCUCUUUUCGAUUGCUGUCUCAGUUCAGAAUGGGAUAAAACUAAGAGGAAAGUAUUUGAAGAAUUUGGCCAACACAUUACAAUGAGAUCGACAGAACUUCCUUCUAGUGCUGGGGGUAGCGUAUUUCGAAGUCAGUUCUCGCCAAGCGCAUCUUUAUCGAGCAGUUUCAGGGCUUCGACUUCGAAACCUUCGUAUAUCACUUCUGGAGAAAGAAGAAUCUCAUUUAAAAAUGAAUCAACUUUGCAAUUAAACCAGAGGCAUUUGGUUUAUUUCGAUGUUGUUGUAAAAUUGAAUAAUGCUAGGUUAGCAAAAAUUGAAUAUGGCAUUAUAAAUGAAUUUCACAACGCUGCAAGAAAGAUAAGUUUGGAUUAUGGACGAAAAGUAGUUCAAUGUUGGCGGGCACUUGCAUCUAUUGUUGGAGAAUCUAAUGUCAUUGAUGGUAGUUUUAAACGUAAUCCGUUAAAACAGCGUCAGUUCGCACCAGCAUACCAGGCGCCAACGUUUGAUACUGCGUAUAAAAGUCUUUGCUUUGAUCUCAUAAAUGGAGCUAAACGUUAUUUAGAGGAAUCGUAUCGUGAAUGGUCUACCGCUUACGUAAACUCGUUUCGAAAUGAAGCCAUGUUAGGUGGACAGCCUUCCGCGGUUAACAUGGCACGUGCCGUUUUACGUGCAAUACAUAGACCAAAUGGCGGUAUCCCAACGACAGGUUUAAGAAUGGUAGAAAAUAUUCCUGUAUGGGGACAUAUCUUUAUCCUUGUGCGACAAGGAUAUUAUAAAGAAGCUCUGGAGGUGGCUAAAGGAUAUGAAAACGUACUUCCCAGACAAGACUUACAAUUUGUGACAUAUUUUGAACGACUUCCUUCGCAUGAUAGACAAAAAUUAGUAGCAGAAAUGAAACAAUGGAAUCCUUUAACUUUUCAAGAUAAAGAUCCAUAUAAGUUUAUUAUGUAUCAAAUAGUUGCACAGCUAGAAGAAUUACCACAGAAACCUUCGAUUGAAAGUUUUCUUCCCACUUCAGAAGAUUUCAUGUGGAUUCGGUUAAUGUGUGUUCGUGAGAUAGAACCAGUUGUUGGAGCACCGAACGACACUUUAUCAUUAGAUAGUUUGCAAAAAGCAAUUCGAAAUUUGGGGCCAAGCCAUUUCAAUCAUGGAGGCAAAGAUACUAUGCAAUAUUUCCGAGCUUUAUUGUUAACAGCACAAUUUGAAAGAACAGAUUUCACUGAGGAUGCCGUACAUUUUGCUAUUGCGCUUGCAUACUAUGGAUUACUCAAAAUACCAGAAAAAGGCGAAGCGAUGGCAUUGCUUGUCGAGGUUGGAGAUCGAAUGGUUCCAUAUUUGAAUUUUAACACACUCCUAUGUCAAUAUGCUCGGUCAUUAGCAAAGGGAAAUGCACCAAGUACUGCCUUCCAAUAUCUUAUUUUAUUAUAUCUCCAAGGUAAUCCACUAACGGAGGCUGGCAGAUAUCAAAUUGAAUUAUGUCAUGAAUAUAUUCGACAACUUAUAUAUGACACUGAAGCGUUUAAUGAAUUGGGAAAAAUGAGAGAAUACAUGUCGUUAAUGUUUAUAGAUAACGAAGAUGAAUUUACUGAAACAAUUAUCAACACACUUGCACGGCAAUGCGUUGAAGAUGGCAAAUUUAAAGCUGCACGUAGUCUUUAUGAAUUGACACAGAAUUUUGAAGAAAUUAUUGUAUUACUUAACAAGAUGCUUGCAGAGUAUAUAUGGAUAUCUAUUCGUGGUGUUAUUAUGCAACCGGAGACUGCAAAGGAAUUAGACCCACAGGAGAUUAGUCGUAUCUUGAAAGGAUAUGAACAUAUAGGUAUCAGAAAAAUAUCGCAAAAUCGUUUGAAGGAUUCUCACACGUUGUUAAGUUUAGUCGAUUUUGUUGAGCUAUACAAGAAACAAGAUUUUGUAAGAGCGGUUUCUAUUAUUCAACAAAUAGAACUUUUCCCCUUUGAAGAUGAUAUUAGUAUAAUCCAACAAAAAGCUAGUGCUAUUGAAGCUUUCGAUGAUCAAUUGAAAAAUUGUAUCCCAGAACUUUUACAUAUUACCAUGAGAUGUAUAUAUGCAUAUUAUCAGCAAUUAAAAGAUCAUAUGGCAAAAGGAACUCCAGGAAUUAUGAGAAAAUACAUGGACGAAUCUGUUACUCUUCAACGAAAAGCUCGGGCUCUUGUAACUUUUGCUGGCGUUUUGUCUUCUGAUAUUUAUCACAAACUGCAUGAGUUGGAUGUUCAGAUGCGAUAA